AUGCCAUGUGUACAAAAUAACUCCGAUGAAUUUCUACUUGAAGAGAUAAUGAUGCUAAAUUUCCGUGCUUACGUUAUACCGAUAUUUAUUAUAACCGGUAUUAUUGGAAACACCUUUGUCGUAAACAUAUUUUAUUUAAUGCAAAAGUUACAACCAUCUCGGUUUAAUAUUUAUGUUAUAUGGAUUACUAUUUUUCAAGUUGUUGAUUUAAUCACAAAUACACUUUUGGAUGAUUUCCUUGGACGAGGUUUAACUUGGGCAAGUGAUUGUACAAUUUUCAUCAAAUUAGACACUAUAUCAUCAUUCACUUGUAAGGUUCUUAAUUACGUACCAAAAACAGCUGGAUUGAUAUCAGGCAUAUUAUUACUUAUAUUUAGUAUAGAUAGAUUAGUGACCGUGUAUAAACCGAUUAAAUUUCGUGGUGACUUCUGCCUACUACUACCACGUUUAUCAAUCAUUUUUGUAGUAUGUACAUGCUUGCUAUUGUUUCUACCUCAGCUGAUUUAUUCUGACUUAAUAAAGGAUGAUGAAACGUCAUCAAUUGCUAAUCACACCUGUCAGUAUGUGAAUUCAUCAUAUUUUGGUGUUCAAUACAGUUUAUAUUUAUCAAUUAUAGGCACGCAUAUUUUACCAACUGGUAUGAUUGCUAUAAUAAACUGUUUAAUUGUAUUUCGCUUACAUGUAUUAACUAGGAAUAGACAACUUUUGCAUCGUGCAUUUAGCCAAAGCUUAUGUCCAGCCAAUAUUACCUAUCUUAAUGAUAAUACUAAUACAGUCAACUUAACUCCUGCAAUUACUUCAAGUGCUACUACUACUACAACUACUACAUCGAAUUAUGCUAGUUCGACUCCUCGACAGUCUACAAUUAGCAAUAAAAAUCUGCACAGACAUAUUCCUAAUGCCCAAAAUGAAAUGAGAAGGAUAAUUGGACAUUUACUAGUCACUUCUGUCUUCUUGUUCUAUUCAAUUCCACUUGUUGUUAUCAUUAUUUUACGUCAAGAGUCAGAUUUUCGAAAUUAUGCUAUAAUCUAUCCAAUCUAUGCAAAACGUUUAAUACAUCUAUCCAAAUUAUUUAGUUCACUUGAUUCAAUUAUUCAUUCAUGUCAUUUUCCAAUAUUUUUAAUUUAUUUACCAAAUUUUCGCAAUAUGUUUUUCCUGUCUAUUUAUUCUUUGCCAAUAUUAAGGCAUACAAAAUAUUGUGUUAAGCAUAUUGAACAAAUUGAAAUGAAAUUAUCCAAUCGGUUAAGAACACGUGUACGCCAAUCAGUAAAUCUUGAUAUGAAAUUAGUCGAGAAUAUGUUAUUUAACAGAGCACAUACUAUAUCAAUUGAUCAAAUGGUAAGAAAUAAUUCGAAAUUAUGA